GAGCAGAUCCAGGGCGAGGCCCUGUCCUACUACCUGGCGCGCCUUCUGGGCCUCCAGAGCCACGUGCCACCGCUGGCGCUAGCUCGGGUGGAGGCUCGGGGCGCUCAGUGGGCGCAGGUGCAGGAGGAACUGCGCGCCGCGCACUGGACGGAGGGCAGCGUGGUGAGCCUGACGCGCUGGCUGCCCAACCUCACAGACGUGGUGGUGCCAGCGCCCUGGCGCUCAGAGGACGGCCGUCUGCGGCCCCUGCGCGACGCGGGGGGCGAGCUGGCCAACCUCAGCCAAGCGGAACUGGUGGACCUGGUGCAAUGGACCGACCUGAUCCUCUUCGACUACCUGACGGCCAACUUCGACCGACUUGUAAGCAACCUCUUCAGCCUGCAAUGGGACCCACGCGUUAUGCAGCGCGCCACGAGCAACCUGCACCGCGGUCCCGGAGGGGCGCUGGUCUUUCUGGACAAUGAGGCGGGCUUAGUACAUGGCUACCGGGUGGCAGGCAUGUGGGACAAGUAUAACGAACCGCUGUUGCAGUCGGUGUGUGUGUUCCGCGAGCGGACCGCGAGGCGCGUCCUGGAGCUGCACCGCGGUCAGGACGCGGCGGCCCGGCUACUGCGCCUCUACCGGCGCCACGAGCCUCGCUUCCCGGAGCUGGCCGCGCUUGCCGACCCCCACGCUCAGCUACUGCAGCGCCGCCUCGACUUCCUCGCCAAGCACAUUUUGCACUGCAAGGCCAAGUACGGCCGCCGGCCGGGGACUUAGCGUCACCCUGAGGAAGAGAGGAAGAAGCGGGACUGGGGUGUGGAUGAAUGGGGGAAGGGCUGUCGCCCCUGCCACCGGCUGGGACCAGCUGGGCCAACGCCCAGCCAGUGACCUGAGCGCAAAGGUGUUUAAAAACUAAUGCUUCACCCACCUGCCCUCUUUUUUUUUUUAAUCCCUCGCUUUUUUCCUUUCAAAGUUCUAAGAGGGCGAACUCACCGAGGCGAGAAGUGUAACAUUCCCUCCACCCAGCUUAUAAAAGGAUUCUUUCCUGUGCAGGAGCGGAGACUGGAUCCGAAGAAACUGGCUGCUGGGGUUUGUUCCCCGGGUGACGGUCUCUGUGGGAGAUGAACCCCAUUCUUGGACAUCCCCCCUCCCUUUCCAAAAAAGGAAAACUUCCGUUUGAGCGGUUGAGCUAAUUCUGCAAUUUCCUACCAAACGCUGUGCUGGUGGCCCCGGAGCAAGGCUGUGACAUUGGCUGGUGGAGCCCCCUUCCUGUGUUCUGCCUUUGUUCCAGCGCAGCGAUGGUGAGAUCACUGUUCAGAGAAGGGGGACAGCUCCCUCCCGAUAGGACAAAGAGAGCAAGACCUCCACACCCUGGGGAGUCCUGGAGACCCUGACAAUUUGUCUGACUCAUUUCUGAACUCUGUUUUGGCCUGAAGGCUAUGAAUGCACUGAGUCAAAUACGAAUUGCUUCUUUCUGCCCCUCCCAACUGACCAAAAUUUUGACAAUGACGAUGUUCACUAGAAGGAAAAACAGUUUCAUGCACUUUACUUUGUUUUAUUUUAAUUUUUUAUUAAGAAAAACUUUUUUAUUUGAUAGAAUUUGCCUUCUAUGUAUAUAUGUGCAUAAAUUGUGGUGUAAAUAUACUAAACAAACUUAUAUUUCAAUAAAAGGGAGUUUAAAAUUUAGAAUUUUAAUUCCUGUGGUUUUAUAUGUUUGAGGUAUCUGAUGCCCCAUCUGCUUUCAGAAUAAGCUUUAAGCUAUUUCCCUUGUGGAUGUGCUUUUAAAACAAAGGAUGCAUAUCCACUCCAUUUGUGACUGGAACUUACAGAAUUCAACAAAGACAAGAAGAGCUCAUACUCUUCUCCUCACUCAGAUGAACUCAGUGCUGGAAUUUUGAGUUCAGGGAGAGGUUGGGAGAGAGAUGAAGGAAAAGUGUUCUAUUUCCUAGUAAAUAAAACUGAUAUGAAAGGA